AUGGAUUUGCCCCGCGAAAGGCCUGAGCUGCCUCGAAACAGGGAGCCAUGUGAUUUACCAAAUGCAAAGUCUACUGCCAGUUUUUGGCAUUCGGAGCCAUCGGCUUUGCUACUGGCACAUCGGUCGACUCGAAACCUUCCGGAGACGGCCGAUGUAGUGGUUAUCGGCAGUGGUAUGACUGGUGCCAGCGUGGCCCAUCAUCUUCUUACGGAGGGCAAGGAGAAUCUAGAUGUGGUCAUGCUUGAAGCAAGGGAAGCAUGCUGGGGAGCAACAGGACGUAAUGGAGGACAUUGCCAGCCAAUCCUCUUCGAACAUCCACAUGAUCCCAGCAUUGGUCACUUUGAGCUGAGGAACUUCCACACUCUGCAAGAUCUCAUCAAGGAGAAAAACAUCGACUGCGAGUUCGUUGCCCAGCCUGGUGUGCGUGCGAUUUACUCGCGAGGACAUUUCAACGAUACAGAACUGGCACUUUCAAUCAUGAAAGACACCGCCCCAGAGCUGGCCUCUAUGAUGCGCCUUGUCAACAACAGAGACGAACUGAACAGUCUUCGGAUACCCUCAGCCUUGGGCGCCGUCGUGACUGACAUUGCAGCCAGAAUGUGGCCAUACAAAUUCGUGUCCAGAAUCUUGGAAGAUCUUAUCACCUCGACCAAGCUCAGAGGCACCUUCAACCUUCAGACUCUAACGCCUGUUGAUAAAAUCUCGAAGAGUGACAGCUCUGACCACGUCAUUGUCAAGACCGAGCGAGGAAACAUCAAGGCUAAGAAAGUCGUCUUGGCCACUAACGCUUAUACCUCGCAUCUGCUACACGAGUUCGCCGACCUGAUCGUGCCUUGCCGAGGACAGAUGUCUGCUUUGAUCCCAUUCCCUUCUGUUGCUGGCGAAGAUCGUUUGAAGACGUCCCUUGGCUUCAUGGGCGAUGGCGUUGAUGAUUACCUGAUUCAACGUCCGAAUGAGCGAGGCGGCCACUUGAUGUUUGGAGGCGGUCGACAGCAUGGGCGCUCGAUCGGCGUCACUGAUGACAGCGUUAUCGAUGAUAAGACGGCGCAUUACCUUCGAGGGCGACUUGUGGAAGCUUUGAACCUGCCAGAAGAUACCACGAGCUGGAAAGAAAUGAACGCCACACACAUGUGGACCGGAAUCAUGGGCUUCUCUCGCGAUGACAAGCCAUGGGUUGGCCCAAUUCCUGACAACGACUCUCUGUACAUUGCCGCGGGUUUCACAGGCCACGGCAUGCCCAACACGUGGCUCAGUGGGAAAGCAGUGGCGGUGAUGGUUGCGAAGAACCUGGCAAGAGCACAUUCGGAGGCGGCAAUCAGUGCUGCCAGCGAUGAAACGGGACUUCCGAAGUCGUACUAUAUCAGCAAAGACCGGAUCGAAGCAGCGAUGCUCCUUGAGGACGUAGGGUCGAGAGAUUGGGCGGAGAUGGAACGUGGUAAGAGGGCCGAGAUGCCUAUGUCAGGCUACGCAUAG